AUGAUGUCCAUGAACAGCAAACAGCCACAUUUUGCCAUGCAUCCCACCCUACCUGAACACAAAUACCCCUCUCUACAUUCCAGCUCCGAAGCAAUACGAAGAGCCUGUCUACCAACUCCACCGCUGCAGAGCAAUAUCUUCGCCAGCCUGGACGAGACCCUGCUGGCCCGGGCCGAGGCUCUGGCGGCCGUGGACAUCGCCGUGUCUCAGGGCAAGAGCCACCCCUUCAAGCCCGAUGCCACCUACCACACCAUGAACAGCGUGCCGUGCACCUCCACCUCCACCGUGCCGCUGGCGCACCAUCAUCACCACCACCACCACCACCACCAGGCGCUCGAACCCGGCGACCUGCUGGACCACAUCUCCUCCCCGUCCCUGGCGCUCAUGGCCGGCGGCGGGGCCGGCGGCGGGGGCGGCGGCGGCGGCGGGCACGAAGGGGCCGGAGCGGGAGGCNNNNCCGCGGUGGUCGGAGCGGCGGGGCUGGCCUCCAUCUGCGACUCGGACACGGACCCCCGGGAGCUGGAGGCCUUCGCCGAGCGCUUCAAGCAGCGGCGGAUCAAGCUCGGGGUGACGCAGGCCGACGUGGGCUCGGCCCUGGCCAACCUCAAGAUCCCCGGGGUGGGCUCGCUGAGCCAGAGCACCAUCUGCCGCUUCGAGUCGCUCACGCUGUCGCACAACAACAUGAUCGCACUGAAGCCCAUCCUGCAGGCGUGGCUGGAGGAGGCCGAGGGCGCGCAGCGCGAGAAAAUGAACAAGCCCGAGCUCUUCAACGGAGGCGAGAAGAAGCGCAAGCGGACUUCCAUCGCCGCCCCGGAGAAGCGCUCCCUCGAGGCCUACUUCGCCGUGCAGCCCCGGCCCUCCUCCGAGAAGAUCGCCGCCAUCGCCGAGAAACUGGACCUCAAAAAGAAUGUGGUGCGGGUUUGGUUUUGCAACCAGAGACAGAAGCAGAAAAGGAUGAAAUUCUCCGCCACCUACUGA